AAAAAUGUUUCUUCAUGGCAGCCUUACGUUGACUUGGCGAAUAGCUAUGGCAUUGGGAAAAUGUCAGAAUUAGAGAGUUGUCUUAAGGCCAACAUGGAGAAGUUCAAAAUUGUUUUGGAUGCUUCCUGUACAUGCCUGACUAGCAACGAAAUCCACUUCAAGAAUAUCAGGUUCAAGUCUUCAACAAAUAGAGAGCCUGGUUCUGCAGCACUCUACAGCUCCAAGCAAUAUAAUCCCAAUGCUGUGCCGCUUACCGAAUUAGCUAUGCUUCUCAGCCCAUUGCAAGGAAACUUCCAAAGGAGGAAUUUAGGCUCAUUGCAAGAAAAGGGCCUACAUCACACAUACUGGACACGUGAUCAUGGCCAGUGAGGUUGGUGUUGUAGACAUUUGCCAGAAGAUGUGGCUAGGAAAGGAAGACAUAUGAUCGGUCCAGAAGGGGACCUUACUGAAACAGUUCAUGUGGAAGGCUAGGAAAGGAAGACAUUUAUAGUUUGUUUUGAAAACUUUAAAUAGACCAUUAAUUGUUUUGUUGAA